AUGGCACAAGUGCUUCCUCUCCAUGUUUUCUUCUCUGCAGAAAUACACAAAGUUGCUCCUUCUAAGCCAUUGAAGAGAACCCACAAUCCCAAAACAUCUGUUACCACUCAUAGAAAAGGUCCUCAGAGUCCCUUGCGCAAAACCCAGAAGUUGAAUUUAGAGGUUUCGCCUCAUCGAGCUGUUUCUGCAGUGAGGUUGAUGAGAAUAGAGAUGGGUGGUGCAUUUGCUGAUCUUUUGAAUGAAAAAGGGAAAGGAUCUGGUGAUAAUGAGAUGGGAUAUGUUGGAAGAACUCUUGGGUUCCGAACCAAGGAUUUGGAUGAUCGUGAUCUUAGAUUGGUUACGGAUAUUGUUGGAGGCACCAUUCGCUGGAGAAGAUAUCUUGAUUAUCUUAUUGGAUCGUUGUGCAAUGAUGAGAACACAAUUAAGAGCAUGGAGCCUCUUCUCUUGCAGUUCAUGAAAGUGUCUGUUGGGUUGAAAGAUGUGCGAGCUAGUCAACACAAAAGUGGCCAUAAGAGUUCUAUAAAAAGUGGAUCAGGAAUGAUUGGGAGUGUUCACACUUAUAACACUAGCUGGACCUGUCUACCUAAUGGUUUACUGUCAUGGUCUGGAAGUGUAAAUACUAUGUCCAAGCUUUAUGCUGCCAUCAUAGUGUCCAAUGGGCUUUACAGAAUAGCUAUUCUCCGAAUUGGCUUUUAUGAGAUUCUGAAGCUAGACAUGCCAGCAUAUGCUGUUGUUGAUGAGAAUGUGAGGCUUGCAAAGGUUUCCCUCAGGCCUGGUGCUGGCAACAUGGUCAAUGGGAUUCUCCGGAAGCUAGUGCUGCUUAAGGAAAGUAACUCACUCCCUCUUCCUAAAUUGGAAGGUGAUGAUCGCACUCAAGCUCGUGCUCUUGCCACCCUUUAUUCUCAUCCUGUGUGGAUGGUAAGGCGUUGGACAAAGUAUUUAGGGCAAGAAAAGGCAAUUAAGCUGAUGAUGUGGAACAACGAUGACCCCAGUUUCAGCUUGAGGGCAAACAGUGGGAAAGGAGUUACAAGAGCUGACCUUGUGAUGCAGCUCAAUAUGUUAAAGGUUCCUCAUGAGCUUUCUUUGCACUUGGACCUUUUUGUCCGUGUUAAAACUGGGCUGCAGAUUGUCAUACAAGCUGGAUUGCUGAAGCAAGGACUAUGUGCGGUUCAGGAUGAGAGUGCAGGUUUGAUAGUUUCUGUUGUUGAUCCUAAACCUGGUGAGAGCAUUAUUGAUUGUUGUGCUGCUCCAGGAGGAAAGACACUUUAUAUGGCAUCACAAAUGCAUGGCCAAGGCAUGGUAUAUGCAAUUGACAUAAAUAAAGGUCGAUUGAGAAUCCUUAAAGAGACAGCCAAGUUGCACCAAGUUGAUGGUGUCAUUACCACCAUUCCUUCUGAUCUUCGCACCUUUGCCAAAAGUUAUCCGAUGAAGUCUGAUAAGGUUUUGCUGGAUGCUCCAUGUUCUGGACUUGGUGUUCUGUCCAAGAGAGCGGACUUGCGAUGGAAUAGGAGAUUGGAAGAUUUGGAAGAACUUAAGGAUUUGCAGGAUGAGCUCCUUGAUGCUGCUUCCACAUUGGUGAAGCCUGGUGGAGUUUUAGUGUAUAGUACAUGUUCCAUAGAUCCUGCAGAGAAUGAAGAGAGGGUGGAUGCUUUUCUUCUCAAGCAUCUUGAAUUUCAUAUAGAUCCUGUUGACAGAUAUGUGCCACCUGAUUUUGUAACAAAACGUGGUUUCUAUUCCUCUGAUCCUCUGAAACACUCAGUAGAUGGUACCUUUGCAGCUCGCCUAAUUCGGGCCUUAUCAUUUGAUUCUUGGAAGCACAAUGAACACUCGAAAUAUAGAGAUCUGGGGAAAAGUGUGCAUCAUUUAGGGAAAGACGCUUCUCAUGUGGUUAUAUUGAUGGAGAACCAUUUAUCUUUUGCCUUCCAGACAGAAUGUACUUGGUGUUGGAUGGUCCACUAUGGUAGUGAAAGUUCACCUGGAUGCAGAGGCCUUUAUCAAAUGCUUCAGCCUUCAGAAAUACUUUACCUAAUUGCUUUGCUAUCAGAUGGGUACUGUAUCACUGAAAUCUAUUUGAAAAUGAGGGGUGAGCUUUGGCAGAAGAUUUGUUAA